AUGGCCCGGAAAUCAGGGAUCCCUGCUGCGUUUCUAUGCUUCAUCGCCGCCCUCUCCGUGGUGACGGGGCAGCAAAUCGGCACGGAAAUCCCAGAGAUCCACCCGGAUCUGCCGACCCAGUUCUGCACCCAGAAGGAUGGCUGUGUCGUCCGCAAGACCAAGGUGGUCGCCGACGUCCAGUUCCGCCCGACGCACGUCAAGGGCAACUUCUCCAUGUCCUGCACCGCCGCCUUUGGCACUUCGCUGUGUCCCGACCCGGCCACUUGCACACGCAACUGCGUCCUCGAGGGUGUCGAUUAUGAGAGUCUGGGAGUGAGGACCAAUGGGACCGCCUUGAAGCUGAACCAAUACCGCUUCAACGGCACAGAGUACAAAAAGGUCGCGCCCCGCGUAUAUCUCUUGGCCGAGGAUGCUCGCAACUACGAGCUCAUGAGACUCGUCAACAUGGAGCUGGUUUUUGACGUCGACGUUUCUCAGCUGGGCUGCGGUAUGAACGGGGCGCUAUACUUCUCCGAGAUGGACGUCUCCGGUUCCCGGAGUGACUUGAACCCUGCCGGCGCCACUUACGGUACGGGGGAAUGUGAUGCGCAAUGUUUCCAAGAUCAGAACUUCACCAAUGGCGUGGCGAACCUAGAACACCCUCCGCCAGGAGCAUGUUGCAAUGAGAUGGACAUCUGGGAGGCAAACCGCAUGGCUACUGCAUUGACGCCACACACGUGCAGCAAACCAUCAUCUUUCAGGUGCACCGGCGAAGAGUGCGGUAAAGGCAAGGCCGGCGUCUGUGACAAGUCGGGCUGCCAGAUAAACCCGUACAAGCUCGGCGACAAAGAUUUCUAUGGCCCGGGCAAGACCAUCGACACGAACAAACGUUUCACCGUGCUCACGCAGUUCGUGCACGAGCAUCCGGACGCGGGCAGUGACAUUGCGCGCGCCGGGCCGCUCAAGGAGAUCCGCCGCAGAUACAUCCAGGACGGCCGCGUCAUCGAAGCCGUUCAUACCAGCAACGCCUCCAUCAGCCCUCUGAAGGGAAUGGACCAGAAUUUCUGCGAGACCUACGGCUCGGAGGCGUACACUCGACUCGGUGGAAUCGUCGGGACGGGACAGUCGAUGGCCCGAGGAAUGGUGCUCAUAUUCAGCAUCUGGAACUCGGAGGACGACUUUAUGAAGUGGCUUGACGCUGGGGAUAGUGGUCCCUGUGGUCCAACAGAUGGCGACCCCAAGAAGAUCCGAAAGGAGACCCCGAAUGUCUCGGUGACCUAUUCCAAUAUCAAAUGGGGCGAGCUUGGAACCGUCUUAGGCCAUGAUGGACUCGCAGGUGCGAGGAGUGACGAAGCCAAGGCGAGGGUAGCUGCUAAUUCUGCCGGAGCCAUGGCGCCGGCCGUCACUGGUGGCUCAGUACUCGGCCUCGCGAUCGUCCUGCUUGCGCUGGUAUACCUCUUCUAA